GGCUGUGCUCUUAUCUAAUCAUUCCCCCGCUGGCCUGUGCUUCUGUUGCUCCGCCUUUUCGAGCUGAUCCUUGUCCCUCCCAGGCGGCCCAGGCAUCGCAAGCAACAGCCGCCUGCCGCCUGCCACCGACUUUACUCUGUACAUCAACAACGCCUCCGAUCCCCCCUCCAACUCAACCGACUUCCCCUCCUGAAACCAGAUACGACCCAGAUCCUACCCACACCACAACCACUCACAUCAAAAUGGCCACCUCCAAAGCCCCCUCUGCGGACCCCAAGUCCAGCUCCGACCUCCCCGCCGAGCAGCCCCAACAGCAAAAGCAGCAGACCCUCGAGGAGGAUGACGAGUUUGAGGACUUCCCUGUCGAUGACUGGCAAGCGGAUGACACAGAAGCCACCCAGAACCAGCAGCCACAACAUCUCUGGGAGGAGUCCUGGGACGACGAUGACACGACAGAUGAUUUUUCCAACCAACUCAAGGAGGAGCUUAAAAGGGUCGAGGCGUCCAAGAACAAACGGUGAUUCGAUUUGGCGAGCAAACACCAAGUCAUCAAGGGGAAGGGACAUCGAGAAAAUAUAAUUAUGAUUAUUGUCACAUAAAUAUGAAGGUCAUUUCAUGUUCGAUGCGCCACUCUCAUGGACGUUAGAGGUACGCCCAAGGAAAUAGACAAAGGACAGGAAAUACACCAGCC